GCAUUUCCUGGCUGUUGGUUGUUUUCCUUUGAAAAGGUUCCAUUCCUGCCCAGGUUCCAAGCCCGGAGGUGUUUACCUGGUUGCCAUGGAGACCGAGGGUUCCAAAGGGCCAGGAGUCGGUUGGCCCUGCCAUUGCCUUCCUGGGCGCCAUCAUGGGCAGAGGGCUCUCCAGGCAGGUCCGGCCGGAGCCGCCCCCCACAGAUGCCCCUCCGACCCAGGCCCCUCCGCGCGCUCCCCUUGGGACGGCCCUGGUGACAUGGCUCAGGAAUGCCUGGACAAGGCGCCCACAUUUCCGCCACGUGGGCCCCGAAAACACAGAGGAGGUUCCUGUGGCUCUUCCAAGCUCUUCGGAGCCACAAGGAACCAGCGCGGAGGAGCCCUCUCUCCGGACAUGCUUCAUCCAAGUACUGCCAGUAUUUGAGUUUCUGGGGAGAGAGGAACCCCCCUUGGAGUCUAGCAGCCUGGUGGCCAUCUAUGAGACUUCAGAGAGCAGCUUCAUAUCGGAGAGAAUCCCAACUCCUCCACAGAAAGAACUACCCAGGGAGUUGGGCUCCAAAGAAGUUGGUGUUCCUUCGGAGCUGUUCGUGCAGGAGGGGGCGGCCCAGGACCUCGAGAAUGAGAGUGUCGAUGAGCCCCCUGAGAAGACAUCAAGGGACCCCGAAGAGGCAACACUUCUGGAUGUCCCCAGCCUGGAGGAUGAGGUGUGGGACCCUCUCCCUAGUUCAAGCAGCUCCCUGGGCCAUGAGGAAGGGGAAGAUCUGGCCCUGAAGCCUCGGAGAUGGUCCUCCAUGGACCUAGAGCAGGCGCAAGAACACCUUCACCGUCUGUGCCAGCUGCUCUGCAGUCCCUCCUCUGCAGAGGCUAUGCCGGCUGUGGAUUACGUGGCCCGCAAACAUCUCAAGAUGGCCACGGACCACUAUCUGGAGUCCAAUGGGAGGGAGUGUGGUGAAUUGAUGUGCGCCGUUCUCAAUUCACCUUACUGCUCCGCGGAGGCGGCGCUCGACCUGUUCCUGGCCAAGGUGAAGGAGGGCCCUUGGCUGGCCGAGGAGGGCAAAGAACAGGGGAGCCCCACUUUGGAUGCGGCCACAGCAAGAGCGACGCGGGCCAUCGGGAAGAUCGUGACAUACAUCAAGGACAGCACUCGCCUGGAGGGGUGGUUCCUGGAGCUUCUGCUCGCCUUGGUGACCAACUACAUCGAGGUCACAAGGCCUGGGUUGGAGGCGCCCAGCAGGGACCAGAGCAGCAUCUACGUUCCUCCAGAAGAACUGGCGAAGAUAAUCAUCGUGCUGCUGAAGAGGGUGGCCCGGGUGUCUUUCAAGGAGACCUCCAAGGAGAUGCUAGAAGAGCUCAGCAUCUGCCCUGAGGGAAUGGCCCUCCUGUUGCGGAGCUUCCUCAAGUCCUCCUCCUCCCUGCUCCAGCACCUGUCUUCGACUUGGGAAACAGAAGCGCCGCUGGAGCAUUCGGCCGGAACGGUGGCCUUCUAUAUCCAGCUGCUGCACACUGGCCAACGCCCACACUCCCCGGAGAAGACCUGGGCACUGCUCACGGCCUGGCUCCAACAUCACAGCCUGGCCGUACAACAUCAGAGCAGGCAGGGCCUUCUCCUUCUGUGCAGGACCUACAGGGAGACCAUGAGGCUCCAGGAGCUCCUGGACGGGGUCCUUGGGGGGCUGCAAUCCCCCCACAUCGACGUCGUGCUGGAGUUCCUGGGCCUGGCUGGCCAGCUGGGGCCCCUGCUGCACAAAGAAGACCAGGGCCCUGCGAAGGCUCACCUGGCUGCUGGAUGCCGCCCUCUCUUCCACCACGAGGCAGCCAAGAUCCGGAAGGCAGCCCUGGAAUGCUUUCAGCAGCUUCUCUGGCGCCUGGAACAUCAACAUGAGGAGCGCAAGACCAUCCACGACCUCCUUACGGUGCUGGUUCACGUGGAGGAUGAGGACGAGGAGGUGGUCAAGGUGGGAGGGAGGCCCAGUGCUGGCCCCUCAAGGCCUUGGGGCUCAGGACAGGGGUCAAGGGAGCGAGGAAGGGGUCACUUGCCCUCCAAGUGA